AUGGCCCCACCAACUGCAAUGAUUGCGGCGGCUCCUACCAUUGGAGGUCUAACUAUUAUCCUUUUCUCUGAACAUAGAUUUGUGUUUAUAACUACUGCUUCUUUUUUGCUUGCUUUAGUGUGGAAAGGCAUUAGCACAUAUCUUGGAGCGGCACCAAUUGUCAGGUGCCUUGAGUUACAUGAGCCAAAUGUCAUCAUUACAAGUCGUGUGGCAGAUGCUGCUCUAUUCUUAGGCCCAAUGAUGUUGGUUGAGCUGAAAGUUUAUGAACUGGGCUGGAACUGGGAUGAUCUGGAGCAGCUAGCACAAGGAACUUUAGCAGGCCAUCUUUUAGAGUGUGGUGGUCAGCUGACUGGAGGUUUUUUUAUGCAUCCAGGAGACAAACACAGAGAUAUAUCUUUUCAAUGUCUUCUAAAUUUACCACUUCCAUAUGCUGAAAUCAGUUAUCAGGGAGAGAUAUGUGUGGCGAAGGUUGAUGGUAGUGGCGGUGUUUUGAACUUCGGUACUUGUGCGCAGCAGCUUCUCUAUGAGAUUACAGAUCCAAGUGCUUAUAUUACUCCUGAUAUGCUAUGCUGGCUAUUCUGAUAUUGUGUCUAUGAC